AUGUCCUUGCAGGUCAACUUAUCUAGCAAAGAGAUCAGCGAGGCAUACCAAAAUGUCGUUGCUGGCAGAAACAUAGAUUGGGUAAUAUACACAUACGACAAGGGUGGAAAUGACCUCAAAGUGCAGGCCACUGGGAACGGUGGGCUUCAGGAACUAGAAGAAGAAUUCUCAGAUGGACGGAUGCAGUACGCAUUCGCGCGUGUCAUAGAUCCUAAUAGUAAACUGGCCAAAUUCGUACAAAUCAACUGGUGUGGAGAUGGUGUGCCCGAAGCCAAGAAAGGUCUAUUCCACACUCACUCCAGUGCUAUUGUGAAAUUUCUCCGCGGUUCUCAUGUUGUAAUCAGCGCUCGCAACGAGUCCGAUGUCGCGCCUGCGCUCAUAAUGAAGCGCGUUGAAGCUGCAUCUGGGGCAAAAUACUCAGCGCACAACGAGCAGGCGCGCAAGUUCGAACCGAUCGCACCAGUAGGCACGAGCUACACUCCUGUCGGGCGCCCCGACAUCACUGCCAUGCGCAACGCGCAGCCGCCACCGAGGAGCAUUUCAUCGUCCGCACCUUCAGCACCGAAACUUGUUACGACAUCGAAAUUCUCUAAACCUGCGAUACCCACUGCGCCGCGCCCUGUUGUUGGUGGCGCUGCUUCUGUACGACCUGCUGGUACAGGGAAAGCCCCCGCUGAUGCUUUGGAAGAAGAGGCGCCUCCUGCAUCGCUGCCUCCACCGCCUCUGCCUGCUGCGUCACGUCCGCCGGCCGUACCCAGCGCUCCAAGGCCUGCUUUUUCUUCUUAUGUUGGCACAACCGCUGCACGCUCUACUCCCACAGCUCCUUCCACCCCGCCUGCCGUCCUUUCCUCUAGUGUUCCCGUCAAACCUGCGGAAGACGAUCGUAUUGCCCCAGUAGGUACCGCGUGGACACCGGUCAAACUCACACCAGGCAAGCUGAAAAAUCCGUUUUCACAAUUCGAGCAGCAGCAACAAGUUCCUCCGCCCCGAGCAUCCGCUGCUGGCGGAUCAAAGAAACUCACCUGGAGCGAACGCCAACUUCAAGCGAAGAAACAAGCUGAGGAAGAAGAGCAACGAAGUAAACAGGCUUCGUGGCAAAGCCCUGUAUCUACAGGUUCACGCAGCAGUCCGACACCGGGAAGAUUUGGCGUCAAAGUUACUGCUGCAGCUGUAGGUGGUGCAGCUAUCGGUGUGACUGGGGCUGCAUUAGCAAGUGCUGCAGAGCCCGAGUCUCAGGCAGAAUUUCCAGUUCCUCAGCAGCAGCAGCCCCCACCAGCUCCCCCUGUUUCAACACGUCCACGAUUUGUGCCGCCUCCGCCUCCUGAACCGGAAGUAGAAGAGGAAGCUGCUCCGCCGCCGCCGCCACCACCACCGCCACCGCCACCAGCAUUUGCGCCUGCGCCCAUUGAAUUGGAAGAAGAGGAAGCGGGACCGCCGCCGCCGCCGCCGCCGCCGCCGCCGCCACCGCCACCGCCACCUCCUCCGCCACCAGUAGCCCAAAUGCAGGCGCUAAGUGUGGAGCCAGAGCCAGAGCCAGAGCCAGAGACCGCUCCUGCGGGCAAUGGUAUCUGCGCUGUGGUAUUGUACGAUUAUGAGGCUACGGAAGAUAAUGAAAUGAACUUGGAGGAAGGUGGACUUAUUGAGCAGAUCGAACAGAUUGACGAAGGUUGGUGGAGCGGUGUUAGCCAAGGAGGUGAGAAGAACGGGUUGUUCCCUGCAAAUUAUGUGGAAAUUGUGGAGCGGUCUGAAGAAGAGGCUCCUCCUUCUCCUCCUCUCCUCCUCCUCCUCCGCCGCCACCGCCCCCAGCUCCGGCAACGUUGCCCGUUCCUGAACCUGAGCCCUGAGGUCUCCAUUGCUGACGAGGGCAUUGUAGCAGUGGCUCUUUACGACUAUGAAGCUGCCGAGGACAACGAAAUAUCAUUCCUUGUAGGUGACAGGAUUGUUGAAAUCGAGGCGGUUGGUGAAGGGUGGUGGCAAGGCAAGAAUCCACAUGGCGAUCUCGGUAUGUUCCCCGAAAAUUACGUCGAGCUCCAAGAAUGA